AGGUAUCUCCGAGGGGUUUGGAGGCAUCAACGGGGGCUUCGGAUCCACUGGUGGCAUCUCCAGGGGGUUUGGAGGUAUCUCGGGGGGGUUUGGAGCCAUCAACGAGCAGUUUGGAGGUAUCUCCGGGGGCUUCGGAUCCACUGGUGGCAUCUCCAGGGGGUUUGGAGGCAUCGCCAGGGGGUCUGAAGGUAUCUCCAGGGGGUUUGAAGGUAUCUCCAGGGGGGUUGGAGGCAUCUCCAGGGGCUUCUGAUCCACUGGUGGCAAUUCUGGGGGGUUUGGAGGCAUCUCCAGGGGGUUUGGAGGUAUCUCCAGGGGGUUUGGAGGCAUCUCCAGGGGGUUUCCAUAUCACGGUGGUGUCUCCUAACGCUUCGGAUGCGGACGUGGUGGCAUCUGCAGAGGCUUUGGAGGCCGCUCUGGUGGCCACAGCACUUCUGGCGCGGGUGGUGGUGACCCCUCUGGUUGGGGCGGUGGCACCUCCAGAAGCUUUGGAGAUGUCCAUCAUGGCGGUGGCACCUCUGGACCUGGUGGGAGAUGUGUCCAUGGCGGUGGUGGCCCCUCCAGGCAUGGGGGGACAUGAAGUUCCACCACGAACGUCUCCAUGGGGUCCAUCAUGAAUGUUCCCACGGGUUCCACCAUGAACGUCUCCAUGGGUUCCACCAUGAAUGUCUCCAUGGGUUCCACCAGGAACGUCUCCAUGGGUUCCACCAUGAACGUCUCCAUGUGUUCCAUCAAGAACGUUUCCAUGGGCUCCACCACGAACGUCUCCAUGGGUUCCUCCAUGAACGUCUCCAUGAGUUCCUCCAUGAACGUCUCCAUGGGUUCCACCAUGAAUGUCUCCAUGUGUUCCAUCAUGAACGUCUCCAUGGGGUCCACCAUGAACGUCUCCAUGGGGUCCACCAUGAACGUCUCCAUGGGUUCCACCACCGCUGUCUCCAUGGAUUCCAUCAUGGACGUCUAUGUGAACGUCCCCAUGGGUUCCAUCAUGAACAUCUCCAUGGGUUCCACCAUGAAUGUCCCCAUGGAUUCCACCACGGACGUUCCCAUGAGCUCCACUAUGAAGGUCCCUAUGGGUUCCUCCUCCAGGAACACCUCCAUGGGUUCCACCAUGAACAUCGCCAUGAGUUCCUCCAUGAGCGUCUCCAUGGGCUCCACCAUGAACGUCUCCAUGGGUUCCACCAUGAACAUCUCCAUGAGUUCCUCCAUGAACGUCUCCAUGAGUUCCUCCAAGAGCGUUUCCAUGGGUUCCACCAUGAACGUCUCCAUGGGCUCCACCACGAAUGUCUCCAUGGGUUCCACCAUGAACGUCUCCAUGGGCUCCACCAUGAACGUCUCCAUGGGUUCCACCAUGAAUGUCUCCAUGGGUUCCUCCAUGAGUGUCUCCAUGAGUUCCUCCAAGAGUGUCUCCAUGAGUUCCUCCAUGAGUGUCUCCAUAGGUUCCACCACGAACGUUCCCAUGGAUUCCACCAUGAACGUCUCCAUGGGUUCCACCAUGAGCGUUUCCAUGAGUUCCUCCAAGAACGUCCCCAUGGGUUCCACCACGAACGUUCUCAUGGGUUCCACCACGAACGUCUCCAUGGGUUCCACCACGAACGUCUCCAUGGGUUCCACCACGAACGUCCCCACGGAUUCCACCACGAAGGUCCCCCCGGAUGUCUCCGUGACCGUCUCCGAAGGUUCCUCCUCCCGGAAGGUCCCUCCGGAAAGCACCUGCGGAGUCGUCCAUGGCCCCUACGGACAGAAGAUGGCGGCGCUGCGGAGAAGAGGUUGA